GAGCCACAGAGAGCGCGCAGAGGAAGUUUGAGUCAGUCUUCAGAGAGAGCUCAGACAGAGAAGAUCAUGCGGCGGACUAAGUUUCUUCCCCAUCAGCUCCACUGCUGCCACCGUCUCAUAAAUCCAUCCAAACCCAGCUGAGGAAAUAAUGUCAGGAAACAACACCACGGAGUCCUACACCUGCGUGCGCUUCUACGUCUCCACCGCGUCCUUCUCGGUGCUGCUCCUCUUCAACCUCAUCAUCAACUGGACCAUCGUUCGCGAGGAGCGCCUCCGCAGACAUGCCCGCUUCGUGCUGGUGUUCCACCUGCUGGUCUCCGCCCUGGUCCACAUGGGCAUGAGCAGCGUCUUCUACUACCAGCUCCACCUGAACGCGCAGCCGGGGCGCUCGGCGUGCCUGGCCAUGAUCACGGUUCUGAUCAGCAGCGCCUCCAACAUCCUCCUGACGCUCACGGCCAUGGCUUUGGACCGCUACUGCGCCGUGUGCUACCCGAUGCGCUACACGUCCGCCUACACGGCGGUGAGGCACUGGCCCUGGAUGCUGGGGGUGCUCACCUGGCUGGUGGCCUUGGUGAUCCCGCUCGGUUUGUUCCUUCACCCGGACGGCGCGGACGCCUAUGAGGGGCAAUGCGGCCCGGAGCAGCUGAGGAAAGGCAGCCUGCAGAAGAUACUGUUCAUCGGUUUGUGCACGCUGCUCAUCCUCUACAGCUACGUGAGGAUUCUGGUGGAGGGGCGCAGGUUGGGAGUUCUAAACCGGCGCAACAAGGCCGGCUGCAAGACGAUCGCGCUGCACGGCACGCAGCUGGCCGUUUACAUCCUCCCCAACUUCGUGAGCUUCGUCCUGUCCAUUCUCUUCAAACAGAACCUCAUCGAGCCGGAAACCAAAGAGCUGUCAGCCGUGGUUAUUUUUGCUUUCUUCAGUUUGGCGCAGUGCGUUGCGCCGGUUGUUUACGGCUUGCGUAAAGAGGAACUUUUGGAGCAGUUGAGUCACAGAUUCCCCUGCUGCUCCCGGUACUUGAAGACUGUCCUCGGGUGGACCGUGCGUGCCAACUGGCCCCAAACGCACCACAGGCCAAGGGAGCGAACCGAGACGGCUUUAACCAUCAUCUCCCUGGAAGCUUCACAAGUAGCAGAGGGGGAGAGGGAAACCACGCCGAUGCCAGUCAGGAGUUCCUCACAUGACUUGCAAGCCUGUCACGCCAGUACAGACAAUGCCUGAUGGGGGGAAAAAGCUGGUCAAUGUCAGGAUCUUAACUGUGACAGGAACAUGUGGAUGUUCAAGCGGGAGUCGCUCAGGACUGAAAGGAACUAAAGGAACCCCCCUUUAAGCAGUCCAAGAGAUGCCAUCCUGACCUGAGAACUUGUAGGCCAGGAGAUGCUGCAACACAGGGCCGAAGUAUGUUUUUAUUUUUGGCUGUUUUUGACCUUUCGUCCAGUGAGCACACGUGCUGACUAACAGCAGAACCGCACAGGGAACACUUCUCUUUUUGUAGAUUUACCUGGUUGGUCCAGGGAAUUCAACCUGCCUCUCUGACUUCGAGGCUACAAACAGUUCUCCAUCCUUUGAGGUUACGACGACAAGGACGGGCGAGAUGACAUAUCAUGUGGUGAAUCUUGUUUUUAUCAACAUUGUGGAUGUUAAAAUGUGACUAACUGCCUUGAGCCACAAACUGCAGGUCUGAAGUAAGUAGAGGGGUUGUCGUGUGAAGGCAGUUUUCUCUACAUUAUGAGUGGAAUAUUUGCUGUGAUGAUCACCUAAAUGUUAGGGGAUAUUAGAAACUAAAUAUAAGCAGUGCAAAGGAUCCAUACUACUUCUUCCUACUGUGGCAUCAAGAGUAUUUUCUACCAAGUUAAGCUGUAUUAGAAGCUGUCUCCCAAUUUAACUUGGAAGCAAUUAACACAACAUGCAACCCCAAAAUGUCCGCCAACUUCAAGAGCAGUGGGACAUUUCCUGAUCUGCUCAUUAUUGUUCCAAAUACAGUGCGUACUUGGUUGUUUUAUGGUGUUAAUUCUGUUGUACAGAUACGAUGUGUUGGAGCAACUACAGCUUACUCCUCUAUGUCAAAAAGAAUGGAUAUAAUUUAAUAAAAUAUUGCAAGCUCCAGGUA